AUGGCUGCUGACAAUGGAGUCGAUGAAGAAUUGAAGAAAUUCAUCGAAACUGAACAAAGGCGUGCGACGUUUCAGUCGACGGUGCAUCAGUAUACGGAGAUAUGUUUUGACAAGUGUCUGACGAAAGUAAAGGCAUCUCUGGAUAAGAGUGAUGAAGCAUGUGUCACGUCUUGCGUGGAAAGGUUUCUAGACACUACCAUGUUCAUCGUGCAGAGAGUUAACGAGGCUGCGCAAAACCAGAGGACAUAG